AUGGGUUUCAAUGACCAGUGGGUUGACAUUAUUUAUAGACAUAUCUCCAAUAAUUGGUAUUCUAUUGUGUUAAAUGGUACAAGAAAUGGUUUCUUUAAAUCUAACAGGGGACUAAGACAAGGUGACCCCUUGUCCCCUGCCUUAUUUGUCAUUUGUGCUGAACUGCUCUCUAGAUUACUUAAUAAUCUUUCCUUGGAUGAUAACUACUCAGGCUACUAUAGGCCCAGAAAGGGUCCAAGUAUUACACAUAUUGCAUUUGCAGAUGAUGUGAUAUUCUUUACCUCAUGUAAGCCAUCUGAUAUAAGAAAAGUUAUGAGAAUUUUGAUAGUUUAUGAGAAUGUUUCAAGUCAACAGGUUAAUAAAAGCAAAAUCUAUGUGGCAGUGGCAACAAAAACAAUGCACCUGUUGGCUGCAAUGAAACCACCUAAGGGCACCUUUGAACAGCUGGAAGGGGCCUUAAACAGCUUCCUAUGGAAUGAUAAUGGCACAAAAAGGAAAUACCACUGGAGCAAAUGGGAAAGCAUGUGUCUUCUAAAUGAAGAAGGGGGAGUUGGUUUCAGGUGUCUAAGAGAUGUUAGUGAAGCAUUUAUAGCUAAACAGUGGUGGAAUCUUAGGACCAAGGAGUCAAUGUGGAAGAAGUACAUGAUGGCUAAGUAUUGCUCAAGAGUAAAUUCGAUUAUCAAGAAGUCAGUUGGGCUUCAGUCUCAGACUUGGAGGGCCCUAGGCAAGGUCAAACAUCAAGUAGAGGACAAUAUAGUAUGGCAGAUUGGCCAAGGAAGAGAGUCUUUCUGGUAUCACAACUGGACAGGAGUAGGAGCAUUAUACAAGCUACUACCUGAGGAUUAUUCACCCAAUAAUAUCAGAUUGAAUGAAGCUUAUGAAGAAGGGACAUGGCAAUGGGAUAGAGCAGGAUAUAGAGUUCCAGAAACUAUAAGGUGGGAAGUGCAGCACAUCACUAUUCACUUCACUGAAAACAAAGAGGAUAAAGCAAUAUGGACUCCUAAUCUAGAAGGAAAGUUUACAAUGUCCUCUACAUGGAAUCUACUAAGAAAGAAAGCAAAUGGUGAUUGGCAUGAUAGGAGAACCUGGCACAAAAGCUGCUCACUCAAAGUAAACUUUCACAUGUGGAGGAUAAUCAAGAAUAGGCUAGCCACAGACAACAAUAUUGGCAGAAAAAGCAUAAGGAUAGUCAAAUGGAUUCCACCACCACCUAGCUUCAUUAAAUUGAAUAGUGAUGGAAGCUGCAGAGAUGAAAUAUGUGGAGGAGGUGGGGUCAUCAGAAAUAAUAAAGGAAAGCUGAUACAAGCUUAUAGUAUGAAUCUGGGCAAAGGCACUAGCAACUGGGCUGAAGCAAAGGCUUUGCAACAUGGUAUUGAGUGGUGUAUCAAUGAGUGUUGGAGGAAAAUCAUUGUGGAGUCUGACUCUUUGUUGGUAGUACAGGAAAUACAAGGAAAGGUUGCUGAUAAAUUAGCUCAAGUAGGACACUCUCAUAAUGAUAUUGUCACUUACAAGGAAUUCCAGGAACUGCCUACAUCAGUGAGAGGUAUACUAAACAUUGAUAGAAUGGGAUUGCCAAACAUCAGAACUAGGCCAAUCAGCAAUAGCAAUUACUAUUUUGAUCCACCUUGA